CUCUUCAAAAUCCCUCCAUCUUCCCCAACGCAAUCAUCGCGUUUCCCUUCCCCCCACUAGUCCCCAAAAUUAGCCCCUCCAUUCUCUCUCAAAAACAACUCCGCCUCUCUACCUCUCCAAGAAUCAAAAACCAGAUCUAACCUCUCUCUUCCUCUGUGGAUCUUUCUUUUCUUCUUUCUUUCAACAAUGGCGGUAGCACCUACGUCUCGAGAAGAGAACGUCUACAUGGCCAAGCUCGCUGAGCAGGCCGAGCGUUACGAGGAGAUGGUAGAGUUUAUGGAAAAGGUCUCCGCCUCAGUUGAGAACGAAGAGCUCUCUGUCGAGGAGCGAAACCUCCUCUCCGUCGCCUACAAGAACGUGAUCGGAGCUCGACGUGCCUCGUGGCGUAUUAUCUCCUCUAUCGAGCAGAAAGAGGAGAGCCGCGGUAACGAAGACCAUGUCUCCGUGAUCCGUGACUACAGGGCCAAGAUCGAGUCGGAGCUCUCCUCGAUCUGCGAUGGGAUCUUGAAGUUGCUCGACACGAGGUUGAUUCCUUCUGCCUCUUCAGGAGAUUCCAAGGUGUUCUAUUUGAAGAUGAAGGGUGAUUAUCAUAGGUAUCUUGCCGAGUUCAAAACUGGAGCUGAGAGGAAGGAGGCUGCUGAAAGUACCCUUACUGCUUACAAAUCUGCUCAGGAUAUAGCAAAUGCAGAACUGGCUCCAACUCACCCAAUCCGUCUAGGGCUAGCUCUGAACUUUUCUGUGUUUUAUUAUGAGAUUCUGAAUUCUCCUGAUCGCGCAUGCAAUCUUGCUAAACAGGCUUUUGAUGAGGCAAUUGCUGAGUUGGAUACCCUGGGUGAGGAGUCAUACAAGGACAGCACUUUGAUCAUGCAACUUCUCCGUGACAAUCUCACUUUGUGGACCUCAGACAUGCAGGAUGAUGGAGCUGAUGAGAUUAAAGAAGCAGCUAAACCCACUGAAGAACAGCAGUGAGGCAGUCUGCUACACUGCAAAUUAGGAUCGAACUUGUCCGCUCUAUGUUUUUAAUGGGAGAAGGUGUUUGUUGCUAAUUUGCUUGCUAUUCUGAGAUUUAGGUAUUCUUGUCUUGGCUAUGAAUUGUGAACGUACCAAGCUUUCUUUUUUCUUUCUUUUUAUUUUUAUUUUUUUGCCCUUUUUUAGUUUGUUAUAUCAAUCUGCGUUUUUGAAUGUGCCUUAUUUUCAUGAUGCUAUUGAAGCUUUAUACAUGCUUUGGCAUUACAUUUCUGUUUUCGUGUUACAUCUGGUAAAGAUUGAUCAAGUGCCUGGAUUCUCCGUGAGAAUAGCAGUCAAUACACUUGAGGAACUAUUCUUUUCCCUUUUA